CGUGAGGUCUAAAAGUCAAGAAAAUCAUUAAGACGAUUUCUAUGUUAACCCAAAGAUUUCUUAUUUUGGAACGCGUGAUUAAUUUAGUUUGUUUACAGGCAUUUGCUAAUUUGUUAUUUCGUGGAACUUCAUGACACCACAAAUACAUAUAUUCGUUGAUGAUACAAUGUAAUGAGAUGUAGUAAGAAGUUUCAGUUUCUCGAAAGCCAAGUAACUUAACUUUUUCCUUGAUCAUCUCUGAUCAUUUGAGAUAUGAUGAAACAGAAGUUACCUAAAAAUUGGAUUGUAUUAGCAUCAAAAACGCAUCCAGAUAGAGUUUAUUACUUUAAUGUCAAAACAAACCAGUCUUCUUGGGAAAAACCAAUGGAAGAUCAACCUAAACAAGUUACAAAGAAGACUGAACCUGCUAAGAAACGUAAAAAGGUAACUCACGAAAGUGAUGGUGAGAUUAGACCUACUACACCUGAAUACGAUGCAUCUGAAAAAGAGAUUGGUGAACGAAAGAAACUCACUGCUAAGAGGUCUUUACGUCGUACCCAAGCAAAGGUCAAUGAAGAAAAAGUCAAUGAACCAAAAGAUAACAAAGAAAAAGAUACACCUCAGAUGCAAAUACUUCGUGAAAAAAUAUUAAAAAAGAAAGAAACUGGGAGUCCUAAAUCUUCUAAAGAUGAUACAAAAUCAUUAGCUACAAAGUCUGACAGAAAUAGCCCGGUACACGAGACUGAGAUUGAUUCAACUUCAAUCACAGUUUAUACACCUCAGAUGAAAGCACUUUUAGAAAAAAUGCAGGAAAGAGGUUCCAAAAGUGUUUCUAACACAAAGAAAGUGAAAGAAAAUAAAGACAGUGAUAUUAAAUCUAAGGAAGAAAAACCAGUUACUAAAUUGCGGCAGUUAAAAAGCAAAGGAAGGAAAGAAAUAGGCAAAAAGGCAAAAGAAGAAUGUGAUUCAGUUGAAGCUAUACCUACAAGGCAGAGUCUGAAGCCUAUGAAAAAAAAUUUGGGAAAGGAGCGCAUGGGAAAAUUAAGAAAAAACCUGGCAGCAACUAUUACUGAUGGUAAAAAUUUGGGUAGUAGUUGUGUAUCCAUAAUUUCUUCUGCAAUACAUAAACAGAGAAGAUAUACAAAUAUUUGUAAAAAUGCGGAAGUUAGAUUGACACGUUUAAAGGACAAACUUUCAAAGGACGCGACUUCCAGUAAUAAGGAAGAUCAUCGUUCUUCCAGUCCACAAAAUAAGAAAUGUACGGAACCUAAAGAAACGCUUGAGCCUGUAUCGAGUGUAACAGUGAUAGAUGAAUUAGUAAGUCGAUCGAACAGGGAUGCUCUGUAUGAAGAGAUGGAUUGGGAACCAUUGGAAGAUGAAAAAAUUUCGCAUGAAGUCCAGGCUGUUAGAACGCAACUUUGUACAGAGAAUAGUACAAAUACAUCAUAUAACAUACCCAGUAAUAUGUUAAAAUAUCCAUUACUUGUCGAGCAACAAGAAAAACGGCAAGUAUACAUUGUUGUCGAUACAAAUGUAUUUUUGUCAAAUAUUGAGAUUAUUGAUUUGGUACAAGAAACUACUUUAAAAACUUAUGAUCGAUCGCUGAUUGUAAUACCGUGGACGGUUAUACGCGAGCUUGAUUAUAUUAAAGAUGACCAUGGUAAAACAAAGCCAGCAUUGCUUUGCUAUAAAGCGAGAAAAGCUGUAAAUUAUAUUAACAAGCUUUUUUCUUCUAAAAAUCCACGUGUAAUUGGUCAAACGCCGGAAGAUGUUGUGAAAAAUAAAGAAAAGUUUUCCGUUGAUUGUCCAGAUGAUGAAAUUCUACAGACCUGUUUGCAAAUUCGUGACUUGGGAAAGUCAGUGGUUUUACUAUCGUACGAUAUUAAUCUUUGUACUAAAGCGAUGAUUCAUGAUAUUGUCACAAUUGGACGUAAUGACCCUCUUGAAAAAAUUGACUACCUCAAUGCCACUAAUUAUUUUAACGGGCCGUCUAAAUCAGUCAAUCAAGACAGAGAAAGAUUGGGUUUAGGAUCUACUUCGAUUUUGAGUACUAAAUUAUUUAUAGCGGAUGAGAUGAUUGAGGAUACAAAAAGUGUUAUGAGAGACUUCUUAACAGUGAUAGUUAGCAAAGAAAUGCAUACAUUAUACGGAGACUCUUGGGAAAAGUAUGUUAUCGUCAAACCUCCUUGGACAAUAGUAACCGUUUUACAGUGUGCUAUAAAACACUGGAUAGCUGCUGUAAGCGAGUCAUUUAUAAGGAGAGCAGAAGUUGAUUUAAAAGAAUUGUUACAAAUAUUUAAAGAUACAUCUGGAAAGAAAAGCUUAAAACAAGUUAUUUUUAUCUUAAAUAAAUGUAGCGAUUUGGUUCAGAUGGUUCACGUGGAUAAAUAUCACGACUUGAUGUCACGGGUGUCUAAGAAAGUCAAUGAAUUGUUGCAAAAAUGUUAUGAUUAUGAACUCCAGAUAAACGAUCAGAAGGUUCGCGAUGAAAUUGGGGUUGAAAAUGAUGUUAAAGAGCAAGAACGCAGGGCAGUUAAAGCUUUUCGGUAUUUUGAAGCGGCGUAUGUUUACGCCCGUGAUAUGUGCGGUUUGGCAGCUGAAGUUGUAGGAAUGCCGUGUACCUUUCACUAUAAUACUCCAGACCCAGUUCCAGCUGUGGACUAUGUAAAACAAAUACAACCAGAAUUAGCGGCAAACGUAAACCGACUAUUAUGCAAUCUAAGCGCUGUAAUAGAACAAGUUAAAACUUCUCGAAUCGAUUAUCGGACAUUAAAUAACUUACACGAGACAUUGGUAUCGUUUCUUCCUGAAGCUAUGCCGUCAAAGUUGAAGUUGAACGACGAUUUGGCGCCUCUUGACGUCUAUUGUUGCGUGAAACUAAAAGAAGAAGUAUUAAAAACGGGCUUACGACAAUUGCAAGAAUUGAGCACGCAUUUUUGUAGAUUUGCAAGUUAUAGAUGUACAUAAGUAUACGCUUCCAUUACGUUUUUUUUUUAAAGAUUAUAUAGUUAUAUGUACAGCUUUCUGUUAAGUAAACCUCCGUACCAGGGACGUACGAUGUAACAUAACAUUUUUUGAGCGUUGGAUGAUUAUAUAUAUUUUUUUCCUGAAAAAGGAAAUAAUAUUUUAAGUGUUUUUAUUAACAGGUCUGUAUAAUACAAGAAGUAACUUUUGUACAAGGUGAAAAAUAAAAAUGCACAGCCAGCAUUGUGAUCGGUACUAAA